GCCCUGUCAUUAUCUCCAGCCAAAUGGUUCUGACAGCAGGCAGGGAUAGGCACAGGGACAACAACAACAUUCUCUUCUGAACGGGCGGAAAUAUGAUUCGGCAAAAAUACAAGCAAGAAAUGUUUGCUAAACCUGUGGCGCCUCGGUCACAGGAACCCUUGACCUCUCAGGCUAAAAAUACAACGAUGCAUGUGAAUGGCCAAUACCUCAGACUGGCAGCUAAAAAUGGCCCCAAUUCCAAAACACCUGGCCUCCUUCUGUCAGCCACACAUGGGGACGAGGCGGCGGGUCAGCUUACUCCGACCAUGCCUACGCAGGAGGGCACUGCACAGAGGGACUCACUGCUGCUCAGGUCGCCCCUGCCUGACUCAGAGAGGGAGGGCGCGAAUCUGCCACCCAGGCGGCCGCAAAAACUGGCUCCCCUGGAGCUGCCCAAGGAGGUGAGGGAGGCUCAGAGGCAGAAAAUCAAAGGGAUCCAGCAAGAGGCUAAGGCUGCUGCUCGCAAGCUAGAUGUGGCAGGGCAUGAGCCUUACCCCAGGAAGGUGAAAGCCGGUGGGAGAGAGACAGACGAUCACAAACAUGGAGUGAGACUCCCCGAGGACGCAGCAAGCCAAGCGGCCCCUCCUCCUGUCAGCAGUAAACCGGCCCCGCCCACCCUGGCUUCUGACGUGAAAGCUCCAGCCACGCGUGGCGCUGGGAGCGCGUGCCAAAACUCCGGCACGCUCCAGCAGGAGACGGCGGGCGGGAGGAGGCUGCGGCUGAAGAGAGAAGAGCGCCUCGAAGAGGAUCAGAGCAAAUCAAACAUGUCAACGGAGGGAUCAUCUGUGGAGGAAGGUAAGCUGGCCCAGCGUGGCCACAGCAAAGGGCAGCGGGCGGAGAGAGCUCUGAAGGAGGCCAGCCGCAUGCUGGAGAAGGUUUCACGGAGGAAUGCAGGCCCACCACAGCAGUCUGGGGAUAUGGAGGUGUCAGGAAGAGCCAUCAGGAGGAAGGCUGUGAGCGAUCUCCAGGACGCAGUCCUAUGACCGUUGAGCAAUCUGAGGGCUGUAGCAAUAAAUAAAAAAACAUGACCGUGUUGAGUCUAGAUUACUUGCUGAUGCUUCUGACUGGAAACAUAGGAGAGCCCAACUUCCACUGUAACUUUCCCAAAGCAUGCAGUAGAAAUUUCAUGACACUUCCAAGUACCUUCUAUUCUAUAAAUAGAAUGUACUCUGUAAAACUCUACUGUAUAUCAGCUGGAUAAAGUAAGAGACCAAAUAUGUAUUUUAAGGCUGUUGCUUUUCAGCAGAACAUGCCAUUUGCAUCACAUGCUAAUUAAAGCUGUGCCAAACUAACUAGCAUUGAGGAAUCAUAAUUAGGGCUAAGACAUGAUGGCUUCACUCUUUACAGCUCAGAUCUGGACCAAGCGAUGGUAUUGUUGUAUUACAUGAUUCACAAACAAAGCAGCAACUGUACCUCUAAUGUAACCUCUAAUAAAGUCCA